GGGCGAGGAGAGGAAGAGGGGGUGUGGGGGAGGGAAGACAAGAGAGAGCAGAGAAGAGAGAGGAGAGGGCGAGACGAGAGAGAGAGAGAGAGAGAGAGAGAGAGAGAGAGAGAGAGAUAGGACUUCCUCCCCGAUCGCAAAGUGAAGUCACUUCCCAAAAUUAGCUGAAAAAAAGUUUCAUCCGGUUAACUGUCUCUUUUUCGAUCCGCUACAACAACAAACGUGCACAGGGGAGCGAGGGCAGGGCGCUCGCAGGGGGCACUCAGAGAGGGCCCAGGGCGCCAAAGAGGCCGCGCCGGGCUAAUCUGAAGGGGCUACGAGGUCAGGCUGUAACCGGGUCAAUGUGUGGAAUAUUGGGGGGCUCGGCUGCAGACUUGGCCAAAUGGACGGGACUAUUAAGGAGGCUCUGUCAGUGGUGAGUGACGACCAGUCCCUUUUUGAUUCAGCAUACGGAGCGGCAGCCCAUCUCCCCAAGGCAGACAUGACUGCUUCGGGGAGUCCUGACUACGGGCAGCCCCACAAAAUCAACCCCCUGCCACCACAGCAGGAGUGGAUCAACCAGCCAGUGAGGGUCAAUGUCAAGCGAGAGUAUGACCACAUGAAUGGAUCCAGGGAGUCUCCAGUGGACUGCAGUGUCAGCAAAUGUAACAAGCUGGUGGGCGGAGGUGAAGCCAACCCCAUGAACUAUAAUAGCUACAUGGAUGAGAAGAAUGGUCCCCCUCCUCCCAACAUGACCACCAACGAACGGAGAGUCAUUGUGCCUGCAGACCCCACACUGUGGACACAGGAGCACGUUCGACAGUGGCUGGACUGGGCCAUAAAAGAGUAUGGCUUGAUGGAGAUUGACACUUCCUUCUUCCAGAACAUGGAUGGCAAGGAACUGUGUAAAAUGAGCAAGGAGGACUUCCUCCGAGCCACCUCCCUCUACAACACGGAAGUGCUGUUGUCGCACCUCAGUUACCUCAGGGAAAGUUCACUGCUGGCCUAUAAUACAACGUCCCACACAGACCAGUCCUCACGACUGAAUGUCAAGGAAGACCCUUCUUAUGACUCUGUCAGGAGAGGAGGAUGGAGCAAUAAUAUGAACUCUGGCCUCAACAAAAGUCCUCCCCUUGGAGGAGCCCAAACCAUGGGCAAGAACACUGAGCAACGGCCCCAGCCAGAUCCUUAUCAGAUCCUGGGGCCAACCAGCAGCCGCCUAGCAAACCCUGGAAGUGGGCAGAUCCAGCUGUGGCAAUUUCUCCUGGAACUACUGUCCGACAGUGCCAAUGCCAGCUGUAUCACCUGGGAGGGGACCAACGGGGAGUUCAAAAUGACGGACCCUGAUGAGGUGGCCAGGCGCUGGGGAGAGCGGAAGAGCAAGCCCAAUAUGAAUUAUGACAAGCUGAGCAGGGCCCUCAGAUACUACUAUGAUAAAAACAUUAUGACCAAAGUGCAUGGCAAAAGGUAUGCCUACAAGUUUGACUUCCAUGGCAUUGCCCAGGCCCUGCAGCCACAUCCAACAGAGACAUCCAUGUACAAGUAUCCCUCUGAUAUCUCCUACAUGCCUUCCUACCACGCCCAUCAACAGAAGGUGAACUUUGUCCCACCCCACCCAUCCUCCAUGCCUGUCACCUCCUCCAGCUUCUUUGGAGCAGCAUCACAAUACUGGACCUCCCCCACUGCUGGGAUCUACCCAAACCCAAGUGUCCCCCGCCAUCCUAACACCCACGUGCCUUCACACUUAGGCAGCUACUACUAGAACUUAACACCAGUUGGCCUUCUGGUCGAAGUUUUGGCUCUCGCUCUUACUGGAUACUCUGGACUCUAAAAGGCACAGUAGUAGCCUUGAAGAGAUAAGAAAACUGGAUGUUCUUUCUUUUGGAUAGAACCUUUGUAUUUGAACCUUUGUAUUUGUUCUUCUAAAAAAAAUGAUUAUUUUUAUGUUAAAAACUUUUGCUUCCUCUACCUGGAAAAAAAAAAAAAAAAAAAAAAAAAAAAAAAAAGGAUCAUUCCAUGGGCCAGUCCACCAGUUUGGAUUCUCAACCUCCUGUCAUCGAAUGAGUUAAAUAUCUAGGUUACUGGAGUAGUUAUGCCAUGAUUCUGAGAAAGAAGUAUACAUUUCUUUUUUCCUUUUUUUUUUUUCCAUGACCAAGGCAGUUUCUUAUCAAUACACGGGUCUCAUCAUUGUAGGAUUCCCUACAAUAAUGAAUCAUGGACUUGACCAGGGUUGAUCUGGUUUGAGACUUAGUAAAAAUCAAGACAGGAUGUUUAUAAUCUAAUCUUAGGAGGACUUAAUUCAGCGGAUGGCAACUGGAACACUGGCUGUAAGGCCAGUAACGUUUGGGUUU